AUGUCUGAUCAACAAAAUAAAUUCAGUGAAUUACGAAGUUGUUGUAAAUACUACAUUGAUGCAUAUAUUACGUUGUAUCAGUUGAAAACGGGAAAUGAAGUAGAAUUAAACUCCAUUUACAGAAUGAUCAAAACAGAAUUGCUUGAAUCAAAGAAAUAUCUUCCCCAAAAUAUUAUAAGAGAUAUUUUAGACAUUAUUCCCUUUAAUAAUCGCUAUACAAAGACAUAUUUAUCUCUUUCCAAACUCAUAUCUGAUGAAUAUCAUGUCAAAAAUGUCAAAAAUGUUGAAGAUAUUUCAAACUUCCUAUUUUAUAAAGAAUACGGCAUUCAAUUAGACAAAAGUACUAAUUUCGAAGAAGAUUCAAAAGAUCUAGAUGUUCAUGCAGAAAAUACAGUUUACAGAGCAAUUAUGGAUAACGACAAAGAAAGAUUCAUCUCAUUCACUGAAAGAGAAGGAUUUAAUAAAGGUCAAAUACUUAAAAGCAAUUUAUAUCCAAAUUCUGAAGAAGGAUAUUCAUUACUUGAAUUGUGUUGUUACCACGGAUCAGUUGAUUGUUUUAAGUUUUUAAGAACGAAAUUUGACUCAAAAAUAACUGAAAAAUGUCUAGAAUUAUCAUUUUUAGGGAGAAAUCAAGAGAUUUUGAAUGAAUGUUUGAAAUAUCAACAACCAAAUGACGAUUGUAUAAAAUAUGCAAUUAUUUCACACAAUAUUGAUUUUGUUACAUUCUUGAUGAAUGAACACAAUAUAGAGAUUGAUUUAGAAGAUUGUUAUAAUUAUAAUAAUCUUGAAGCAUUUAUGGUUUAUUUAGAUCAAAUUGAUUUUAAGAAAUGUCUUGUUCUUUCUGCAAUGUUCAAAGUUCCAUCACUUUGUGAAUAUUUACUUUCACAUGGUGCGAAUAUAGAUGAAAAAGAUAUAUAUGGAGAUACAGCUCUUCAUAAAGCAGCAUUUUAUAAUAGUAAAGAAACAGUCGAAAUUCUUAUUUUACAUGGUGCAAAUAUAGAUGAAAAAGAUUUACAUGGGAAAACCGCUCUUCAUAAAGCAGCAUUUUAUAAUAGCAAAGAAACAGCCGAACUUCUUAUUUCACUUGGUGCAAAUAUUAAUGAAAAAGAAAAAUUUGGAAAAACAGCUCUUCAUAUGACUGCAAAUAAUAAUAGUAUAGAAGUAGCCGAACUUCUUAUUUCAUAUGGUGCGAAUGUCGAUGAGAAAGAUAAAUUUGGAAAAACAGCUCUUCAUAUGGCUGCAGAAAAUAAAAGUAAAGAAACCGCAGAACUUCUUAUUUCACAUGGUGCGAAUAUCAAUGAGAAAGAUAAAUUUGGAAAAACAGCUCUUCAUAUGGCAGCAGAAAAUAAAAGUCAAGAAAUCGCAGAACUUCUUAUUUCACAUGGUGCGAAUAUCAAUGAAAAAGAUUUACAUGGAAAAACCGCUCUUCAUAAAGCAACAAUUUAUAAUAGUAGAAGAAUAACCAAACUUCUUAUUUCACAUGGUGCAAAUAUCAACGAAAAAUAA